GUCUGAAUCAAACAAAUAAUGUCUCUCAACCUUACAAAAGAUGAGGACGCGCGGACCUGCAGCUCCAGAGAGUCCGGAGCCGCUCAACCAUCUGCCCUCCUGCGGGAUGAACCAAGUGUGUGAGCCGACCGGGAUGCGUGUAGACCGGGUGCUUCUCUUAGAGGGACCCCAGGAGGUGGAGGUCAUCGAGGAGUGCCACUGCGAGAUCAAGUUGACCCAGUGCAUCCGCGUCCCCGCACUGAAGACUUACUACUCCGAGACGCCGUAUGAGACAGUCAUCGACGUGGGACGAUGCUCCCGGUCCAAGGGCUCACCAGAGGGAUUCUCCUGUGUCCCCACUACGUUUGAGUCAGCCUUGGUGGAAACCCCCAACAAAGUGGACCUCAUCCAGACAGUGGCGGCCUGUGAGCUGAAGGAAAGCUGCUACAGGGUCCCAUACGUAGAGUAUUACUAUGAAAUAGUCAAUGCAGAUGGAGUCAAAGAUGAGAGGCUCAAAGAAAUAGAUGUGGGCAGAUGUUUGGGAGGCUGCACCACAGGAAACCGGUGCCUUCUCAGGAGUCGAUCUGAUCCAGCAAUCUGCCACUUAUGGGCUGAAAGACAGUCCAGCUCCUGUGUUCCUCAGGGCUACGAGAGCCACAACUUCCUUAACCAGCAUGGGCAGAUACGCACCAUCCUCUCCAUCACUUCUUGCCUUUGCCAAAACUGAACACUGCGCCCCCUACUGGAAAACAACUUCCAAUCUCUUCUCAGGAGUUGAAAAGUUUUAAUUCACAGCCUAUUGAUGACCCCACAAAUACUAUACCAUUUGUUUAAGA